GGCGCGCCAGACGCGGCGGGGCGGAGGGGAGACGCAGAAUGAACACUUUAUAUAGGGCGCGCGAACGCAGACGAAACCAGUUCAUUUCUAGAAGUAAACAAAGAAACACCUCCUUAGAGGAGUAAUCAUCUUCUUGUUCCGGCUUAAAGCCAGCUAUGGAUACGUUAAAUAUAAAACCGUUAAGUAAGGAUUUAGAGUGGUCUCCGGAUGCGCCGGUCGGCGUGGGGGCCGCUGGGGUCGGAGGAUUGCGCGGCCAGGACCCCGCCGCACCGAUCGUGUCUACAUCCAGCGAGGAGCGCGCCAUACGCCGCGUUAUGGGCCGCUGGGGCGCCGAGUGGUUGAGCUGACUCGGCUCUGGACCUCAAAACCAAGCCGGUCAAUGGCCGGCAGACCACCCCCUGCCGCCACCCCGGUGGGGGGGCCCGCGCCCGGCUUUACACCUCUCCCUCCGUCAAUACGAGGAGAUGGUUGCUAAAGCCGAAGCGCUGUUGAGCCGUCUUGUCGUCUCUGAGAACUAUGACUCCGUUAACAACUUCUUGUCUCUAUAUGACGCCUACAUGGAUUCAGCAGAUGAGAGCCUGAUGGAAUUCUUCCCGAAAUACAACCCUCCGAUUCGUCCACGUAAAAACACUUGUGUCGGCCUCGGCAUGGAAGUCAUCAAAUGUCUGAAGGUUUUGGAAAAAGAUUAUCCAGGAAUAACUAGGGCCAUGAUGUUGGUGUCUUGUGAUGAGAAUAUUCAAGACCUGGACGAUUACACCACGUCCUUCCCUGGACCUCAAGGUUUCCUGAUCGAGACUGAGAAGGAUCACGUUUUGGUGGCGAUACAUGUUAAGAUCGAUGGCAGAUCUGGUGUCUUCCUGUCAGAUUUGGGUUAUCACAUCUCCCGCGUCGCUACUGCGAUGGUUGAUAGAUGCUAUCCACAUACUGGCUGGUUCACCCAAUCGGACGAGCCUCAUUGCCGUAAGGAAUACAACUAUCAGUUCAACAUAAACAACACCAACUAUGUUGAAUGGCAUGAGAGGGAAACCAGGGGAGCUAAUGUAAAGGAACGAUUGUCUCUCAUUUAUGUCGCCAGGGCUUAUAUGUCAGCUGUUCAUGUCACGGAGAAGAGGAACCUGGUGUGGGACUUAAGGAGUCUUCUCGCCAGGGAUCCUAAGGGUCGUCUCAGCGCCGGUAUCUACUUCCCAUUGAAGCGCAAAGACCAGGACUUCACCAUCUUCUUCGACGGCCCUAACGGAAAGAUAAGGAAGAAGCUGAAAUUUGAAACUUUCUUGGAGUUGCAAAAGAUCCCUGACGAUGUGGUGGAAGAAGUGGAACAGUGCAACGAACAACUUCGUUUCCGCGAUGGCGAGCUUCUUCGCAUCCUGAACCGCCUCGCCAAGAUCAUGGUGGACAACGAGUACCUCACAGAACUCCUGGAUGUCAACGCCAAGAUUAAUCAGCUUUCUGCUGGCACAUAAACACCUGGAUACAAUUCCUCAUUUCUCCUUGUACCAUUACUUCUUCUUUAACAGUUAUUCUGCAUUUUGUAAUUAAAUCUUCAGUUAUUUUUGUAUUCUGUAGAUCAUUUAACAAGAUAUCGUUCAAAUCCAUUUAUUAAUAUCGGUGUGCAUAGUUCUCUUUUAUUUCGUAGAAUCCAUUUAGAUUAAUUUAAGUGGUUUAGAAAUGUAGCAACCUUAGACUUCCUUGUCAGACGGUUCAACAUGGGCAAUAAAAUAUUAAAAAAAU